GCUCUCUCAACAAUAUAAGGAUUUUGAAGCGAAAACAAUGCCUUCUUCGCUCGGAGAGGCGUGUUUUUGUCUCGACUGAGUACCGGAAUGAUAGCGGUGUCGUUUUAUCCCGCAAGUUUAGCUUUGAACGCAGGAUCGGAGACGUCCCUUUGCUGUUAGGGGCUCUGUGUUUUUCUUGUUCGACUCCCGGGCCUGGACACUGUAGCGGCGGGCUGCUACUCUCGGAUGAGCGGGCUGUAGCAUCUCGGAAGAGUUGUAGGAUGGAUCCAGACAGUGGGGCAGAACCACAAAAAGCUGUCAGUUUGCAGUGGAAGAGCUACAAACUUGUCCAGGACCCAACCAUUCGACGGGUCACACAGAAGAUCUACAGAUAUGAUGGAGUGCAUUUCAGUGUACCAGACUCUGGAUUCCCACCCGUGGGUGAACUACGGGACCCUAGACCCCGACGACUAUGGUCCAGGUAUACAGAAAUGUCCCUGCCGGUGCCAAAGUUUAAGCUUGAUGAGUUCUACGUGGGUCCAAUACCCCUCAAGGAGGUGACCUUUGCUAGACUCAAUGACAACAUCAAGGAGCCCUUCUUGGCAGAAAUGUGUGCCAAGUUUGGUGAAGUGGAGGAGAUGGAGAUCCUGUUUCACCCCAAGACAAGGAAGCACUUGGGCCUGGCCAGGGUGUUGUUCACCAGCACCAGAGGAGCCAAGGACACAGUCAAGCAGCUGCAUAACACCUCUGUCAUGGGUAACAUCAUUCAUGCUCAACUGGAUAUAAAAGGCCAGCAGAGACAGAAGUAUUAUGACCUGAUAGUAAACGGGUCCUACACUCCUCAGACUGUGCCCCUGGGAGGGAAGGCUUUGACAGACAGGAUCCAGCCUCAGGCUCCAACGCAGCCACAGCCUGACACGUCAUCCGAAAUCAGGCGGAGGCUCUCCAGUGAGCUCGCGGUGUUGGCAGCAGGGGUCCAGGCCCUCACAUCAGGAAGCACCCCUUGCUCUGUGGACACUGGUUUCAGUGAGCAGCGUCUGGACACUCCCCCCUCCUCCAUGGCAGGCCCCUACACCCCCGGAUCCUCUUCUUCAUCUCAGGGUGGUGGAGGAACACCUUACAGCUCCAGAUCUGGGACUCCUUUCUCUCAAGACUCGGGCUACACCGGCGGCAGGCAUACUGGCUACAACACUGGCACUUUGGGCAGCGGUUACCCUCCCCAGGACAUGCUACCUUCCUCCUCCUCGUCCUCUGCAGUCUCAUCUACUGUUGGAGGAUACAAAGUGUCCCGCUACUCAGAGGAUGCACAGGAACCUUCAAUGUACCACAGAGGUCGCCCCAUGUAUCCCCCAAACACAUCAUACCGUCCCAACGAGCCACCGUGCUAUCCCCCGUACCCUAACGUCGGAGGGCCUGGGCCACACAUGGCUCAUCACUCCUCAAUGCCUCCGCCACCUCUCGCCACCCAGUAUGAUCAGCCCCCAAUGUCAGACAGGGACAGGGACCGUGAAAGAGACUCAGGAGGCCGUUAUGGGCCAGGGGGGAUUGGCUCCAGAAGGUCAUCUUACCAUCACCAGCAGGACACAAACUCUUCCUCCAAGUACCAUUCCCAUCACUCCCACCACCACUCAGAUCGCAGGGAUGACCGGGGGUACCGGCGAGACAGCCUGGGCUCCCGGUCAGGUGACCACAGCCACCAGAGACAUCGCAACCACCACCAUUCUCACAACCACCACGGCAGCAGCAGCCGCAGAAGGAGCAGCCACGACCGGGACAGGGAUCGAGACCGAGAUAGAGACAGAGACAGUGACUACUCCAACAGCUCUGACCCCAGAUACAAUUCCAACUCCUACCGCUCUUCCUCUAACAGCAUGUCUCCUCCCCCUUCAUCUUAUUCUGCAUACUCCUCCUCCAAAGAGCCUGCCCAAGCCCCCUCUCAGGGAUUGGAUGUUUCCACCCGUCUAGGGGGCACAAGCCUCACGGAGAGGGGUUCUCUGCCUUCAGUAGGUGCUGACAAAGACUUCCACGCAGCUCACCACAGUGCUCUGCCGCCGCCUCCCCCGCCGCCGCCUCCCCUCCCGCCAGCCUCUGUCAUCGCAGCGGCUGUAGCCGAGACACUCGGAACAUUGGACUUCAGCCAGGAUAGUCCGGCCCGCGAGGAGCAGUGGACAAAACCCAAACGCCGUCCCAGCACCCCACCUGCCCCGCCAAAGACACCCCCACCUUCCUCCCCGCCCCACCCCUCCAUCGCUUCCUCUUCUACCUCCCCUUCCUCUACCUCCCUCCCCCACCACCUCCCCUCCUCCUCUACCUCCCCACUGCCCCCCCAGCGUGACUCCUCCUCCCCAGAGCCAGAUUCCACCAACGAGAGCUUACCGUUCGUCUACCACAGCAGCAGCCUCGACUCUCGUAUUGAGAUGCUCCUCAAGGAACAGAAGGCUAAAUUUUCUUUCCUGGCCUCUGAUGAGGAAGACGAGGAUGAAAGGAAAGAGGAGAAGCAGAGGGGAACACGUGGGGACGGAGGAGAGCGAAGAGGGGGGUCGGGCGAUGCGAAAGGGGAGCACACAAGUGGUAUUCAGGUGGGAGAUAACGGAGAGAAGGACCACAGGAGGAAAGGGGAAAGAGACAGAGACGGCCACAGGGGAAGGAAACGAGGAAAGGGAGGAGAUGGUAGGAAGAGUCCUAACGUACUUACAGCAACCACACCAUCCUCUUCCACGUAUUCUCCGCACAUCCCGCCCCCAGAGGAACCCCAACCCCAAGUUGGCCUCGCUGGGACCGGAGCUCUGCAGGAGGAAUCUUCACAGGUUGGAUCUGCUGACACGCGGAGCAGGACAGGAGCGCACACACCACCUUACAAUGGGCAGAGUCAGUCCUCCCCUCAUUCCUCAGGGGAAGACAUGGAGAUCUCGGACGAGGAGGAGGGGGAGACUACCAUAACAACGGUGACCACCCACCAGCCCUCAGUCACCUCAGGUUCCUCGCCGUCUUCAUCCCAGGCUGCUAUGCCUUCACAAACAACGGACCCCUCAUCUUCACCCCAACCCAUCUCUGACUCUGCACAGCACUUUGGCACCUCCAUGCACCCUCCCAUACCCUCCUACCCUCCUCAUUUGCCUCCUCCACCUCCCCCCGGUUACUCCCUGCAGCCCCCACCGCCCCCGGGGAUCCCUCCGCUGCCCCACAUGGAGCUGCACCCCGAGUAUCCUCCCCCCAUGCCCCACCAUAUGUAUGACUAUGCCUCCUCCAUGGAGCUGAUGAACCAGUACAGCGGUGGUGCUCCCAUGUCCUUCCAAAUGCAGACCCAUAUGCUAAGUCGCCUACACCAGCUGCGCAUGUCGUCAUCCAACGGCACCCCGGGCCCUGGCGAGGCAGCCACCGGAGACUACUCCUCCUACCACCUCCACUCUAUGCCCCCACCCCACACACAUCACCCCUACAUGGACCAAGAGGGGAGCGGGGCAGGGGCUCAUUAUGACCAGGACCACCGUUACAUGCCUCCCCACAUGCCCUACCCUUACCCCGAUCCCCACAGCACUCAGAUACCGCCCCCUCCACACCACGGCAUCCCGCCUCCCCACACAGGCUGGCCGCCACACGUCUUACCUCCGCACUACCCCUCUUACAUGCCCCCACCCGGUUACGGCACAAUGCUGCCCGGGGACGGAGACGAGUACAGGGCUCCAGGGGAGGAGAUGCCCAUGCUGGCGGAGAAUCCGCAUGAGGCCACGGUGCAGAUGGUCCUCGCCACUCUGAUCCAGGAAAUGAAAAACAUCAUGCAGAGGGACCUGAACCGCAAGAUGGUGGAGAAUGUCGCCUUUGCCACCUUUGACGAGUGGUGGGAGAGGAAAGAGACCAAGGCCAAGCCUUUCCAGACAAUGGUUAGGGGAGUGUCUGCCUUACGGGAUGAUGAGAAAAAAGAGGAAAAGGUCAACCGUCCUCGGGAGCCUCUCACGUCUCUUGUGGAUUGGGCGAGGAGCGGUGGCGUGGAGGGCUUUGCUCUCCGAGGAGCACUUCGACUGCCUUCCUUCAAGGUGAAGAGGAAAGAACCUCUCGAGCUCGAGGAGGGAGACAUGAAAAGGCCGCGACCCUCGACCCCGCCAGACGAGGAUGACGAAGCUGCUGAUGGGAGAAUGCCAGAGGCAGACAGGCACGGAGCUGAAAGGGACAACAAGAGGAGGAAAAAGAAGCCAAGAAGUCGUAAACCUUGGGAGCUUGACAGCGAGGGAGAGGAAACAUCUGAUGGCUCAUCGUCUGAAAAGGAUGAUGAGGAAGAAGAGGAGGAAAGUGAAAAGGAGUCCGAUGAUGAUGCCCUUAGUGCUGAUAGCGAUGAUGAGAGCCUUUCCUCAUCCUCUGAGGGCUCAUCUUCAUCAGCAUCCUCAUCUUCAUCGUCCUCUGAGGAUGAAGAUGAAGAGGAAGGAGAAAGGGCUGAAAGCGAGGGGCCGGACACCAUGGACGAGUCGACCAUGGACAGCACAAUCGAGAAGGAGGAUGACAGGGAAAAUAUCACAGCUGCUGUUUCAAAGGCAGAGGUCAAAACCGGUGAAGCAAAGGACAGCAAGGCAGAUACAACAACAGCUCCUACCAAGCGUCCCCCAUCGCCUCCAUACCCGCGUCCUUCCUCCCCUAUCGUCCUUGUGCCUCCUCUCAAGAAACGCAGGAAGACUGUCUCUUUCUCCACAGACGAGAACGACAGCAAAACACAGCUGCAGGCUGCGCCGUUAUCUCCAUCUCCAUCACAAGUGGCGGGUGAAUCUCCCCUCCUCUCUCCUGGCAGACUCCCAGACUCCCCCGCCGCUACACCAUCAGCUCGAUCCACGCAGGGCAUCCAGCUGCUCCCCUUUGCCUCCAAACCAGGUGAAGGCAACGCCCUCAUCGUGCCCCCACCUGAACGAACCCACGAUUCUGAUGAGUCCAAAAAGGGACCCCCUUUCUCUCCUCAAACCACCCCUGUCAAAUCCCCCAGCAAACGGGGUGCAGGCAAAGACUCCCCCAAAUCCCCCGCCCCUCCUGUUAUGGUGUGCCGCACUGUGCAGAACCUGCCGUUGGACCAUGCCUCUAUGUGCAGGAUGGCCUUCGAGGAGGCCCCCCCUCCACCUCCUGUCAACAAACGGUCCAGAGGAAGGCCGCGGACGACCAGCCUGUCCGCUUCUUCCUGUCACUCCCUCAGAGAGGAAGACGAGGAUGAGGAAGAAAACGAGCAGAGGUUGAGACUCAGAGAGCAGCUCGGGGCGUCCAGCCUACUGCAGCUGGCUUCGGCUUCAACCACCGACCUGUCUGUGUUGGCUGACGUAGCCCUGAAAAUGGACCCUGAUGCUGGGGACUCUGAGGAGACAGAGACAUCUGACGAGGCAGAGGAGCAGAAGAUGGAAGAAGAUCUCUUCUCCCCAGAGUCACUGGCCCUGGUUUUGAGCCCAGAGGGUGUAAUUGUAGUGAUGGAGCACAACUAUUGCAAACCUCCUGUUCUCCCAGUAUCACCCGGUACCAAAAGGACUUCCUCCAAACAAGACCCCUCUGUGUUGCUCCCAGCAGACCUCAACGCUAUUUCCGGGGUGCUUGAAGCGCCAGAGGAGGUCAUUGGAGAGGCGCUACCUUCCAGGGGAGAUACAGGGGAAUACUUGUCAGCAAUGGGAGUGCUGUGUGAGUCUGAGGAUUCGGGGCAGGCUGCUUCUCUACCUCCAUCAUCAAAGAAGAAGAGCAUAGUUGGCAAGGGAUUCGAACUUGAAAAUGACAAGAGCAAAAAGAGGAGAAGAAAAGACAAAGAAAACCAGGAGGUUCAUCACACGAAAAAACAGAAGGAACAGCCGGGCAAGAAACAGAGGAAGCGGAAACUAGAGGACUCGGAGGAAGACGUAGACGUGGAGGAGCUUGAGUCCGGCGAGCUGUCCAGCUCAGACACCGAGGAUGAGGUGGUCGAAGAGGUGAGGAAGAGCGAGCGCCUCUUCCUGCAGGAAGCGGGAAUAACGUCGUCACAACGCUGGCCGAAACCUGUCCCUGCACCCAAGCCGCUGGCCCUGAAGUUUGAAAACCGUAGCGAGUUUGAGCAGAUGACGAUCCUGUAUGACAUCUGGAACUCCGGUCUGGACGGUGAAGACUUGAUGCUGCUGAAGAAGACUUACGAGAAGCUGCUACAGGACAACCACAGCUCUGACUGGCUCAACGACACUCACUGGGUCAACCAUACUAUAACCAAUUUGCCAAACCCUCGGCGUAAGAAGAAGAGCGCGGACGGACAGCUUCGUGAGCAUGUGACAGGUUGUGCCAGGAGCGAGGGCUACUACGCCAUCAGCCGUAAGGAGAAAGACGUCUACCUGGAUCUGGACCUGCCCGAGCAGGUCAUACGGGAGGUGGAGAAUGUCGACAGCUCGGGGACAAACCGGCUGCUAUCAGAGAGACGUUCAGAGCAGCGCCGCCUCCUCACGGUCAUCGGCACCCCAGCCGUUAUGGACUCUGACCUGCUCAAACUCAACCAGCUUAAGUUCCGCAAGAAAAGGCUUCGAUUCGGACGCAGCAGGAUCCACGAGUGGGGCCUGUUCGCCAUGGAGGCCAUCGCUGCUGAUGAGAUGGUCAUCGAGUACGUGGGUCAAAACAUCAGACAGAUGGUGGCUGACAAUCGAGAGAAGCGAUACGCUCAGCAGGGCAUCGGGAGCAGCUACUUGUUCCGAGUGGACCACGACACAAUUAUCGACGCCACCAAGUGUGGCAACCUGGCACGAUUCAUCAACCACUGCUGCACUCCAAACUGCUACGCCAAGGUCAUCACCAUAGAGUCGCAGAAAAAGAUCGUGAUCUACUCGAAGCAGGCCAUCGCCGUCAACGAAGAGAUCACCUACGACUACAAAUUCCCGCUGGAGGAGAACAAGAUCCCCUGCCUGUGUGGAACAGAGAACUGCCGUGGGACACUCAACUAGUGGACGCAUUUCUCUCCCUCACUUGUCAGUGGCCAGCCAAACCCCCCCCCCACCCCCCACCCGCUCUCCCCUCCCGCUCCCUCUCCCCUCCUCAGAGCGUUCCUCAAAACAAAGCCACCUUUUCCCUAACACCCCCACCACCGCUCCUCUGGAUGGCCUCACAGUACCCAGGAAACAGAAACGCACACACUUGCACUUUUCAUCCACCUGGCAGUCUGACAAGCCAGUGCUUGAGGGGGUUGUGUAACCUGGCAUGAGAAUACUUUGGGGGGGGGCGGGUAGGUGGGGGUGCUCUGCUUCAGCAUUAGCUCUCCUGUGGCAGUAUUGUUUGACUUGAUGGGGGGGGGGAAUUAUGCUCCAACACAAGUUGUUCCACACAGCCAGGCAUGAAAGCUCCGUCUAUCUCCAUGCCAAUAUCCGUUUUGAAGGACGACGUUUAGAACCGAAAAGAACACCGGUGUUUUAUGUCCACGUCAGCUCACAUGAUCUUCAGCCUGGAUCGCUUUUCCAGUGUCAAAAAAAAAAUCCCUCCUCCACCCACCCACCCACCCACCCACCCAGAUCCGCACACAGACGCACACAGAAAUACGAGACAAAUUCAGGGUUUUUAAAAGCGCUUGUUGACGGCGCACUUUUAAGAUGAAUAACUUCAAUCGAUUUGGUCUUCAGUUAUGCAAGAUUUCCAAGUGUGAAGAUUGUUUUUGGAGCUUUUUUUUUUU